UAUUGGAAAUGUGUAAUAAGAGUGUGGGGAUUAAGAACUCUAGCUAUAGUAUUGGCAAUAUUCAGCAUCAUUGUUGUUUGGUCAGAAAUGACAUUUUUUACGACAUCACCGACACUUUCGUUGUUUGCCGUUUUUGUGGAAUUGGCUGGAAAACACUACAAUUAUAUAUUCAUUGAGAUAAUUUCUAUUUUCACUAUUGCUUAUUUGUGUGUUUGUGCGUAUUAUACGGUUUUCAAAGUUCGUGUCUUAAAUUAUUAUUAUCUUGCUCCACAUCAUCAAACAGAUGAAUACAGCCUUAUUUUCAGUGGAAUGUUAUUAUGUCGCUUAACUCCUCCUCUAUGCUUGAAUUUCCUCGGUCUUAUCCACUUGGAUAGCCACGUUUCUAAGAAUCCUUCUUUUGUUGAGACAUCAUACACAAAAAUAAUGGGUCAUAUGGAUGUUAUUUCUAUUAUAUCCGAUGGUUUCAACAUUUAUUUUCCAAUGGCUAUUUUUUUAUUAUGCUUGGCAACUUAUUUUAAUUGUGGAAGUAGAAUUCUUCAUAUGCUGGGCUUUGAGCAGUUUUUGGGAGAUGACGAAAUGACAUCUGACCUGAUUGAAGAAGGAAGAGAACUCAUAAAACGAGUAUGCCCUGAUGCCUGUAUCUGGCCUUUCAACUGGUUGUAUCCAUAAGAAGCAAAUCCCAGUUGUCAGAAUCUCCAGCAUUAAUUUGAUGCAUGACUAGUUUGCAAUGCACAUUCCUAUAGUGUGCUUUGAAAGUUCUGAUAACUGCAAC